AUGGGGCUGCUGACGCGCAUCGUGCGCGCCGCGCUGCGGCGCGUGGACGAGGACGGCAUGCCCUCGCUGCCGCCCGGCGCGCGCGCGGCCGAGUUCGAGGCGGUCGCCGAGGCGGCGGUUGUGCACGGAGUGACGUCCCUGGACCGCAUGUCAGCCGUCAUGGAUUGGCUCGGCCGCGCCAAGAGCGCCUCGCGCCCCCGUCGCCCCCGCGCCGCCGCGGCCGCCGGCGGCAGCGGCGCCGCGGCGGGCGCGGGGGGCUCCGACGAGGACGAGGGAGAGGACGACGAUGACGACAGCGGCAUGGGGUUUGACAGCGGCGAGGACUGGCUUGAUGACGAGAACGAGUGGAGCGGGGACGAGGAGGAGAAGGAGGAGGACCACUUGGUGUCGAGCUCGACUGAUGACGAGGAUGAUGACGAGGACGACGGAUAG